ACCGCAAGCUCAGUGAUGAUAGAGCAGUGGGAAAGAAUUGAAAAUAGUCUCUAGCUAAACCCUAAACCAGGUGGAAGAUGAAGAUGGGUAGUGUCUCAAAGCUACUGGCUGAAGGAUCGCUGGUUGAGGUCCGCUCGAGAGAAGAAGGCUUUGUGGGAGCUUGGUUCGAGGCAGUCGUACUCGGCCCUGCGGAUCCUCAUCUUUCAUCACUCCCAACAUCGGCCUCCUCCAACAACAAGAAGAAGAAGGUCUGGGUUGAGUAUCGAACCCUCAUUUCCGACAAUGAUGAAGAUGACGAGCCAAACAAGCCUUUAAGAAAGCUCGUCAGCCCAUACGUCAUCCGUCCCCGCCCUCCUCCUAAUUAUACGACUAACAAGGGUUUCGUGCUCUACGACAUUGUUGAUGCUUUUUACAAGGGUGGCUGGUGGACUGGUUUCGUGACCGGAGUUCUCGAAUCUUCCUCUCGCUACCUCGUCACCCUCCGCAACCCGCCGGAAGAGCUUGAAUUCGGUCCGUCUGACUUGAGAUUCCAUCGCCGGUGGGUCAAAGGAAAGUGGAUGGAGCCCGAAAAGAACAAAUCUGCCGCAGGAGGUGCAUUGACGAUGUUUAGGGUUGGGGAAGAGGUAGAAGUCUCCUUUGACGGAGAUGAUUGUAGAGAUGCUUGGUUUCCUUCGACUGUGGUCAAAACUCGUGGGAAUGGAGCAUUCGUGGUCAAUUGCUGCAGAGCGAACGCUGAAAAUGAGAAAGAGGUAAUUAGAGUAGCUGUUGAUGGCAGCCAUAUCCGACCAUGCCCUCCCUCUCCCCUCUUAAAAAAUAAUACAAAGACUAAUUUUGAUUUGCUUGAGGAAGUAGAUGCGUUUUAUGAUUUUGGCUGGUGGUUUGGAGUGAUAAGGGAAGUACUUACUGACAGUAGGUAUGUUGUUGUCUUUGAGCAUGAGAAAAAGAACAAGAGGAAAGAUGAGGAGAGGGUUUUCAAUCACUUGGAAUUAAGACCUCACAUGAAUUGGAAAGAUGGAAAAUGGUAUACUUCUGAGGGUAAACCAGUCCGGCCGCCAUGUAACUAUACCGCCCUUGAGGAUAUUGGGGAAAACAUCAAUGAUGUGGAGGAGGAUAUGAUGACCCAAAGUGCUUCUGGCAGCCAAGGAGGAAAUGUGACAGUUUCACUGGUGAGAAGUAAGAAGAAGCGUUGUCGUCCUCUAGCAGAAUUGUUGCUGCAAAAGGAAGGAGAGGUUUCAAAUCAAUUGCCACUGCCAUAUCCUCUCCUGCUUAACAAAUGUAAGAAAAAGGCAGGAAAUGAAUGUGAAGCUGUGGAAAUCCCAUCUGGACAAAAAGUUUCAAUUCCAACUAGUUCUGUUGCUGCUCAAGGUGAAAUGGGUGGUGAUCAAGUAGAAACUGGAAGUAAUAGUAGGAAUGAAGUUGAAGAAGUUGCUAUUCAAAAGAGACAGAGUGGAAGUGCACGGAAUUCUAAUGCUGCUGCUGUACAUGAGACUUGUGAAUCAGGAGAGAAUUCAGGUGUGCAAAAUCAUCCAGCUACGGGCAAUGGAGGAGAAGUUCUUGAAGUAGCUACUACUGUAAGUGAACAUCUCCAAAGCAGAUUUCUUCCAUUCAAGAAGACAAAAUUAAGUCAAUGGGACAAAAUAGAAUCCCGAGAUGUUUUCCAGAAAUAUCCACAGAAGCCACAUUUUCAGCCGCUUGAACAUGUUGAAGACAGUUAUCGUGAACCACUGAUGAUCUAUUACAUGACAACUUUCGCUGAUAUAAUUGAUGACGCUCGCUUUUUGGGGUUUGAUGGUCCUAGAAGCACCAUCGACGAAAUGCUGAACACACUCUGCGUUUUGGAGUCUCAAGGGUUCAAUGUUGAGCCUGCUCGCCGUCACUUAAAUGAGAUUCUGUCAUAUAAAGACAAAAAAGAACAUCUCCAGAACUUGUUGACUCAAACCCGUGGUGAAAAGGAGAAGCACAAGAUGGAGAAAGCACGUAUUGCUGAAGAGGUUGAUGAGCUGAAGAAGCAAAUGGCUAAGUUGGAAAAUGUCAUUGCUUCUGCACAGUCCAGGGAGGAUGAGAUCAAUAAGGAAAUCACACAUUUGUGCCCAGAUUAUGACACUUUAUUAUCACUUUAAUCUAUUCCAACUGCUAUCAGGUGACAAAGCAAUGUUGAAGACUAAGGUAGGAGUAGUUUGUAGUGUAUACUGUGUAUUUAUGGAAAAUUACGUUUCUGCAUGCCCAUUUGUAGACGUCCCACGUCCCCUAUAUUUUGUCGUUACGAUCCAUCUUAAAAAUGCAAAAAUUGUCCGUGAUACGGAUAAAAUGUAGACAUGACUUGUGCGCCAAGAAUUAGUCUACAAAAAUUCUUUCUUGUACACAUUUUUUU